AUGGGUACGGACACCGACAUGGCUUGUGUUGACCAGAUUCAGACCUGGUCUCCGAAUAUUCCUGCGAGCCAGUUGCUGACCCCAGCACUCGAGAACUUCGACCCCUCGCUCAUCGACAACAACUUCCAGGAAAGCCCUUGGCUACAGUUUCAGCUUUACAUGGACUCUGAUAGCCCCCCUACCAAAGCGGUAAAUACUAACGAGAGCCCCAUCGACUCGUCUCAAUCGCGGAAGCAAGGGCAACCCUUGUCGGGCCAAAAGAAGAGUUUCAAUGGCCAAUUCCGAGGUCCCAGCCACUCGACGAGCAUAAUAACCUGCUUCCAGGAUUUCUGCAGAUUUAUGAAACAAGCUGCGGAGGACCAUCACAUACUUGGGGCUCCGAAAUGGUUCUCAUACACGCCUAAUGCGGAGCAGAGCAGCCUCUACCCGCAUACGCGAAGGAUGUGGUUGGAGAAGUCAUUAAAAGAGCUCUCCCAACUUAAGCGCGCUGCCGUUGCCUGUUGGAGUCCUACUUCAACCAUUUUACAGGGAUUCAUGACAUUUUCCAUGUUCCCUCCUUCUGGCACGAGUACCAAGCCUAUUGGGAUGGGACACAUAGGGGCUGGGUUUGGUUCAACGCAAUCAUCCUCGCUUUCUACUGCUGGGAAGGAAGCUGCCGAAUGGUUGCACGCCGCCGACGUAUGGCAAGGCCACCACGCAGCAAAAAGCACGACGGUCGAAGCAUUCCAACUGCGAUGCUUGGUCCUGCUCUCCAAGACAAUCAAUGACAUUGAUCGCGACGACCAUUACACAUCUUCUCAAACCCUUCUUGCUGAUGCUAUUUCGAAUGGACUUCACCAGGAUUGGAAGCUUUUUGGAAUCACCGCGUCUGUCUAUGAGCGAGAGCUACGCCGGAAGGUAUGGUCCGCCGUUUCCGACCUGGAUAUCGCGGCGUGUAUCGAACGUGGCGUCCAAUCAAUGGCCUCUCAUCUGUUCACCAAUAUUGGGCAGCCGAAAGGAUACAAUCACGAUGAUUACAGUUCGGGCACCGAAUUGGAGCCCCCUGAUCGGCCGGAAGACCAGCUUACAGAUAGCUCAUUUGCAAUGAUUGCGCACAGAAUACGACCUCUUCGCUACAAGAUCAAUGAGUUCGUGAAUACCCUCCAGAAUCACAAUCCAGUGGAUCAAUGCCAAAUCAGACAUCUACGGGGACAAAUAUUCGAGGAAAUUGAUAGUAUACCGAACUGGGCGGACCAUACACCGGAGGUCUCGAGGCGUAAACAAGGCCCAAUAUAUCGAUCAGUCUUGGAUCUAUACCUGCAUGAGUUGCUGAUUCUACUUCACCUCCCGUUCGUUAUUCCGAAAGGCACGACCAUCUAUGAAUUCGAAGACACAGAGUUCCAACGAUUUAUCUGCAUACGCCUGGGAGCCGAUGUCCAGCCCUUAUGGCUCUUCUAUGUUGCCAGCUGCUAUGUCGAGCUACGCAGUGAUGAUACUAAAAGACCUGCUUUGAAGAAACAAAUCACGGACAGUAUCAUGGCUCUGUUCAGCAAGAUGUGCCUAGCACAGGAACAGAAAAGUAUAGGCUUCGCGUUCUCCGACACCCAUUUCGCAUGCUAUAUAAUGCAGAUUCACCAGGCAUACGAAGCUGUGCAGCAGAUAAUAGGUAAUGCUCGACUGCCGUCUACCUCUAAGCCUGGCACCAAAACGCCAAAGAAUACCCGUUGCCGGCAACGCGAUACCAAACGAGAGAAACGCCAACAAGCUAUUCCCCCAACCAUACCCCAGCGAGUUGUAAAGAUGGUCAGAGAACAGAGGAAAUGCAAAUGCCAGCAGGCUUCGGAACACCUGAGUCGCAGCAGAUGUGGAACUAACGUGCUCGGGAAAGGCAUCCAUAACAUAUGCAUGCAGUGUGGUAUCGAAGAUCUGCAUGCCGAGAGACAAGAAAGUAGCCCCGAUAUCGACGACAAGCCAGAAAAGACGGUAUUGCGCAGCCCAACCGUAAAUGAGGAAGCCGAUGGGCAUGAAUAUAACACCAGAGAGCAGAAGCGGGAUGCGGAGCUCGGGAACACGGGCUUCACCGGUGCUACUUGUCAUGCGCUUAUAGGCAUAGUCUAUAAGCGGGACGCAGAGCUGAGAGCCCGAGAUAGUGCCAAUGCAGAUGGCAAUGUAACGUAG